CGGUGCAUUCUGGGGAGUGUGGUUCGCAGCCUUCAGGGGACUGGGCGGCUGAGCAGGCGAGCGAGCUUAUAGCUCCGACGCUCGCGGCUGGCGGGGUUUUCGCUGGGCGCUCUUUGGAGGCGCAGGUGCUGUCAGGGCUGCUUUUCGUGAAAACGCUGUGAGCACAAGAAGGUAGUUGGAAUCCCCUAACGAUGGAUAAAUUCGUCAUUCGAACGCCUAGAAUCCAGAAUAGCCCACAAAAGAAAGAUCCUGGAGGAAAGAUUUACAAGCAGGCCACGAUUGAGUCUCUGAAGAGAGUUGUGGUUGUAGAAGACAUAAAAAGAUGGAAAACUAUGUUGGAGCUUCCUGAUCAAAGCAAAGAGAAUCUAGUUGAGGCCUUACGAGAAUUAAAGAAGAAAAUACCCUCCAGGGAAGUGUUAAAAUCAACAAGGAUAGGUCACACUGUGAACAAGAUGCGUAAACAUGCAGAUUCAGAGGUGGCUUCUCUUGCCAAAGAAGUUUACACUGAGUGGAAAACGUUCAUUGAAAAACAUUCGGAUAGACCUUCUAUUGAAGUUCGAAGUGAUCCCAAAACUGAGUCACUUAGGAAAAAUGCCCAGAAAUUACUCUCAGAAGCCUUGGAAUUAAAGAUGGAUCACCUACUGGUUGAAAAUAUUGAGCGGGAAACGUUUCAUCUCUGCUCCCGCCUCAUUAAUGGGCCAUACCGGCGGACGGUGAGAGCUCUGGUCUUCACAUUAAAGCACCGAGCUGAAAUCCGGGAGCAGGUGAAGAACGGCUCGCUGCCCGUCGGCACGUUUGUACAGACCCACAAAAAGUGACCCGAGGACGGUUCCAACCCUGGGCUGGGCAGAGAGGAAAAUGGGCCUCUCUCUGCCAUUCAAAGACUCUUUUGAGUCUGGGUGAUGGCUGGUGCUGGCUGUGCUAAAUUUUCCCAUGGUGCCAUUCCUUCAGACAGAGGAUGCGGGGAGCCCUGGGAGACAGGCCUGCGGGAACCUGCUUCAUUAGCCACCACGCGCUGGUGCUGCCUAACAGGAUGCACGCAGGCUGUCACUAGGAAGCGCCAUACGAUUGCCAUCACCCAACACAGUGAAAGGGUGACGGAUUUCACUGUGAGCAUGCCAAGGACACCUCUAAACUUCCCCCAUGUCAGGCAGAUGAAGUUAACACUGUAUUUCGCCACCCUGCAGGUAACUGAAACUCAAUUACCGCUGCUGCUCACUCGGUUCCAUCCCCCUGAGUUUAGACAGCUCCGGUGCCUCUCAGAACUCCCUGUCUGUUCUCUUUGCUCUACCCCAGGGGUGAGCCUGCCAGAGCCCGCCGACCAGCCCUGCUUUCCAGAGCUCACUUAUCUGAACGGUUCAGCUCUCCCUGGAAGACCUUCUGUGUGGGUCUCCGGAGCCCCCAUGCUGAGGCCUCUAAUGAGCAACUGGCCCAAAGCCUCCCCACACCUCGGGGUUUAUUUGAAUACGCUGGCUCUGGUUUAGGACUCUGUAGAACAUACAUAAUGAAAUUUCUUCUGCAAUGAAUUACUGUGGUAAGAAAAAAAUGCAUAUUUUUAAAAAAGUGAAAUACCUAUGUACAGGCCUGCUCAAAGAAUGAUGUAAAUGAUAUUUGCCUUUUUUAAAGUACUAUUAAACUGAGACUUGUGUUCUAAAACAAAA